AUUAGUCGAAGUAACACAUACUGCACGUGUCUGCGCAAGUUUUUGAUUUUCACAAACUAUAGAACAAAGGAACAUUUCCUCGUUUUAGAAACCAAUUAUUGCAUUUAAAAAUUAUAAAAUAUAAGGAAACACAAUGGCACAAGCUAUUAAGAAGAUUUUGCCCAUGUUGGACCGCAUUCUGAUUCAGCGUGCCGAGGCUAUCACCACCACAAAGGGCGGUAUCCUUCUACCUGAGAAAUCGGGUGUCAAAAUUUUGCAGGGUACUGUCGUAGCUGUAGGACCUGGUGCAAGAAACUCGCAAACUGGUAACUACAUCCCGGUGGGCGUGAAAGAAGGCGACCGUGUGCUGUUGCCCGAAUUCGGUGGCACUAAGGUUGAAUUGGAAGACAAGAAAGAGUACAUUCUUUUACGUGAAUCAGACAUCCUUGCGAAAUUGGAAUAGUUUUUUAAAAAUGUAGUUUUCCUAUUAUUGCAUCGUCAUCUUUCAUAUGUGAAUAAGGUUUAGUGGUCUGAAGAUAAGAUGGUCAAGUAAUUUGUUUCUUAGUUUAUAAAUUCCAUUUAAUACAAUAAUGCGUUUAGAAUUGUUGGCAUAUUGUUAGUGCGUUUACAUAAACGUGUUGGUUUAAAAAGAAAAUAAAACGGUUUUACGCUUUGUUUCUGGAAA